AAUGAGAAGCGUGAACUUCACUGGUUCGAUCAGCUGCGGAUAAGAGAGAGAGAGAGAUGGCAAUUCGUAUAGAGAAGUUUUACUUGUCCAAUUUGAAGCAUGAGAAGAAGACUAAGCUACAAGGCACAAAACCCUUCUUCACUCGGGUUUUGAGGCUACAGGUGAAUGCAAUUUCCAGUGGUGCCCGGGAACUCAUACAAUCAGGCACUGUCCGAACUAUACCACCGAAGGAGGCUACUACAGUAAUUGAUUCCGAAGGUUGGAAACUCCUUGAUAUCAGACCAGUGUGGGAGAGGGAAAAGGCAUUGGUUUCUGGUUCAUUACAUAUUCCACUUUUUGUGAAAGACAUGGACAGUAGUCCCCUCACCCUUCUAAAGAAAUGGGUUCACUUCGGCUACAUUGGUUUAUGGACCGGCCAAAAUCUGACAACCAUCAACCCUGAAUUUCUCCGGCAGGUCGAGGUAGCAGUUCCUGACAAGGAGAGUAAGCUUCUUGUAGCCUGUGGAGAAGGGCUAAGGUCCAUGAUGGCAGUCACAAGAUUAUACGAAGGAGGAUAUCAGAACUUGGGAUGGCUUGCCGGAGGGUUCAACCGUGCCGGAGAUGAUGAUUUUCCGGCAGUUGAAGGGACGGGCAAGCUACAAUAUGCCACAAUAGGGGGUGUGUCCUACUACUUCCUCCAAUUACUUAUACUGUUACAAGCUGUGGGUAAGUGAGUGAUCAGGGAUGAUUCUAAUUCCUAAUUUCUCACAAGCCGCAAGAAAUUAAUAGAGACAGUACUGGUUCUUGUUCCAUUCUCUACUGAUCUUCCUUGCUCUUGAUUAUGGUUUCAGCUGUGGAUUGUGUGGCUAUAAGCCAGCCAUUCAUGAUAAGAUUUUUUAGGUGAAAUGGCAAUAUCAGAUAUAGAAUUUUAA